AAAUAUAAAAAUCACAAAGAAGGGAGAAGACGAAGUGCAUCUUUCGGAAUGAGUGUUCUUUUGCCGUGGAAGAAAUAAUAAAAUAAAUACAUGAAAGUUGAAGGCGGAAACGGCGAAAAACAAGACACCGCUUGGGGAAAACAAUAACAAUUGCCUUGAAGUCACAUCGCGCGUUUGUUUGGAAAGAAUGCCGUUGGUUUCGGUCGAUGGAUAACGUCUAGUUGCUGCAGAGCUUGGAAGGGAAGAAAGCUAUGGAAACAAUCCUCCUGAAGGAAGCAAUAAUCAUGGCCAACAGCAAUAAUAUGUGCCGCUUGUGCUUAUCGGCCAAUGGAAUUACGGAACCGAUUUGCUAUGACCAGCGCGAUCAGUUUCUGCUGCAGAAAAUCUACGAAUGCACUACACUACAGAUCGCCCCACUGAAUGGUAUUCCUUCCUCACUGUGCACAAUUUGCAAAGCACGUCUCGAUGAAUUCUACCAGUUCCGUUGGCAGUGCAUCAAAAAUGACGAAAUCAUUCGUCGCAUAGCGGACAAUUUCCACAAGCAGCAUCAGCAGCAAAGCACCGAACCCAUCGCUAGUCACAAUCCCAAACAGGAGGUGAUCGAUACAUUGCCGCCGAGUGGGGAAAUGCAAACACAACCACAACCCGUGGGCAACUCCUCCGAGUAUACGCUUCAGGAGGACAGGAGAUCCAACGAGCGACAAACACCGAGUGGUUUCCAGCAUUCAGAUCAUAUGACGCAUGGGCGGCCAGAACAGACAAACUAUAGCGCUGGCAGUGAGCAACAUGGUCAUACCCAAUACAAUAUUGGCGACAAUGGACCGUCUUCCAACAUUGGAACCAUGGGUGCAGAACACUCGGUAGGAUUUCCACCGGACACAAAGUACCCGAUGCCACUCACCGUUGCGCACCAGUUUGACUUUGCGGAUUUUCGGAGGAAGCGUGGUCGCCCACCCAAGCAAAAAUACGAUCAAUAUCACCACCCUGCCGUGAAAUACGACGGGAGUUCUAUUGAAGAUAUCAAAGUGCAUGCAGCUGCAGUUGAUGGCGGUUCCAAUUCCAGUGCAUCAGAUAACAUACUAACCUUCGGUGAUAAUCACGGUCGAGCCAAUGAUUAUCAGCAAGAAACGACCUACGGUGGAUGGACUCCACCAACAAAAAUCAAGCUGGAACAAAUAGAUCACCAACAGGUGCGCUACGAUGAGCAAUUGUCAUCCCCGGAGCAACAUCACCCCAAACGGGAGGAAUAUUUAAAACUUCCAUCCACGAGUACGGUUCAAACCAUACUGACGCCGGAUGGGUUUGUGAAACGCAGUCGGGGUCGACCCCCAAGGGAAGGAGGCUGCCCGAAUCAGGAUCGAACCGAGUAUCGUUUUCAGUGCCAAUAUUGUGACGCUAGAUUCAAAGCCGCAAUAAAUCUCAAAUUGCACACCAACACCCACACCGGGGAACGACCCUACAAGUGUCAACUGUGUGAUAAGUCAUUCGCCCAUCCCAGCAAUUUGAGCGUCCACACGAAACUACACUCCCAAGAACGAGUGAAGCGAGAGGGGAUUCCGUCGGAGAAAAAGUUCCAAUGCCCCUACUGUAAUACACUUUUCGCGCUUGCUUUCCAGCUGAAAAUACACAUUAACACCCAUACGGGCCAAAAACCGUACAUCUGCAAAAACUGUGGCAAAGGAUUCGCUCAGCCAAGUAAUCUGCAUGUGCACGUUAAAAAGCACUGCCAUAAAAAAGUUGACUACGAAAGACACCGAACUACUAGUGCAUCAUCCCAACACAAUUCGUUGCCUCCACAGCCGCCUCCAUCCGAUCUGCCGCAAUAUCCACAUUACCAGGCGACUCAAAUGCACUUACAUCCACCGCCGACUCCUUCAUCUCCUCCUGCUCCCCUUCCACACCAGCAACAGUCACCACCACGGCAGCCGAUCCAGAGUUCCGGGGUAACUCCCCCAGCGCACACCUCCUUGGGUAUGCCGCCACCACCACCACCUGUAAUGCUGGUGUAAAACGUAGUGUUAAGUGAAGGAGAAAAAUGGGUGGGUUAUAUCUAUGAUAUAACCGCAAGGUUGACGUGGGACUACCUUAGCUUAUCAAUCAUUCGUUUGUAUUGAUUAAAUGUUUGAUGGAAUGAAACAAUUCCCGAAUUCAAUUGAAUUCAAUAUAUUUGAUUUGUAAGUAAAAAGAUUGUGAAAUGUCAUGUAAGGUAAAUUCAUGCAUUGUGAUAGUAAAUUUAAUGACCUUUUACGGUUUGUGAACGGGAGAAUUUUCAAACGAUUAUUUUAUUUUACAUUUGCUUCUGAAGUUUGCAUCUCUCAAGUGUACGUACUUAUCGAACCGCGCAUUCGCUUGAUUAUAUGAACUUCAGGCACUCAAUUCCGAUUUUGACAUGUAUGUCGAACGCAUAUUGUUUAAUGAAUAGGCGUUAUCGCAGCAAAUGGUUAACAACAUUUUGCCUAAUCAUCAAAUGGUAUGCGUAGAAAUUCAAUGAGCGGAAGAUAUGAAGGUAUAUCCUUCAAUACAAUAAUGAAUAACCGAGCCAAAGCAUUGUGUUCGUACCCGCUUUUGUAAUCCGUGCUAGGAAAACACUUUGCGGAGUGCAAAAAAAUGCGGGUGCAGAGAUACCCCCGACUUGCAUGAAUCAAAAACUUCAACUUCUACUUUUUAUACUAUAAAGGAUUUAAACUUGAAAGUUCAUUCGUCUCUAGUGUCUGCACGAUUUUCCCAGGUUCCUAAGUUUAGGAGACCGUGUUAAAGAAACAUAUUCUAGUUUGCACAAAGGCAAGCGAGUACAAAAGUACUCGAAGCUUGCAUUUAUUUGCAGAGCCGAUUUUCCCAGACAUUUUGGUUUUGAAGUCUGUGUUAAGCAAACACAUUUCAGUCGGAACAAAAAUGCCACUGACUUGCAUGAAUUUACAAUGCCAAUUUCCUCAGACACCUUGGUUCUGAAGUCUGUGUUGGGGAAACACAUUUCAGUCGGAACAAAGAUUCCCCCGACAUUCAUGUAUUUGCAAUGUUGAUUUCCCCACGCUACAUGGAUUUUAACUCUGUGUUAGGGAAACACAUUUCAGUCGGACCAAAAAUGCCCCCGACUUUCAUGUAUUUGUAAUGCUGAUUUACCCAAGGCUGCUUGGGUUUGAUGGCUGUGUUAGGGAAAUCGUAGACCGGGCCAAUCAAAAUGAGGCAGUUAUGCCGUUUAGAUAACGCUUAACAUUUUACAGUUAUUCAAUUGUUUAUCUAAUGAAAAAUAACAUUUUAUUAAUUGCGAUAGAAGCGUAGAAAUAUUGAUGCAAACAUCUUUCCGAUCCAGUAAGAAAUGUUCGAGUUAUAAGCAUUCGGAAUCUUUCAUUUUUUCCUGUAUGUUCUGUAUUUAGGUUUUCAUUUUACCCCCCAUAUACUCCGGUUAGACGUAGUCCCACGUCAAUAAAAAAAGUAUAACUUUGUAGACUCACAACAAGAGAACUGUCUAAUCAAAACUAUGUAUGCAAUUUAGGUACGUUCGAUCUAAGUCCCCUAGGCCCUAAGUUAUUAAAUUGUAUCCCAGAUGAUUAUCUAUUUUCUACGUACUAUUUUUACGUAUCGUAACAGCGCUGCUAGUAGGACUGUAGCAUAUUACCGUUCUUUUAUACAUAUAUAUUUAUACCGUUUGUUGAACAAUAAAUACUACUGAACAGUAUGCU